AUGAGUGCCAUUGUAGGUUUUGACCACCUUGGCUUCCUUGCUCUAUCCUUCCUUCUUCACAUCUAUGAAGCGCAGCAAGAUCCCGAAAAUGUUAGCGGCGAAGACGAGGAACCCGAUGACGAGAACGAUUCAAUAACAUUGCAUGAGCUAUCGACUUCCUAUCCAAAAGAGAGACAACUUGCCAAGUUUUUAGACUCGAUCGCGGAAACGUUUUCGCGGGAAAAAUCUAUUCCUCGAGCGGGAGGGCAGCGACAUAUACGACGCAGGGGUAAUGCAACGGGAAAGGGAGCGCGUCAAGUCUCUGCUUCCGGUUUGGUUAUGGCGAACCAACAACCUACGGUUUACAUCGCAAAAAAUGAGGGCACAGACGAGGAGGACAAGAAGGAGGACAAGAAGUUGGCCGAUACUCUAACGACCUGGAUCCGGGCUAUCGCGUCUACGGGGAAGCGGCCGGCUAUUGACAAAGACAAGGUCUGGACGGAGCUGUUGAGCUACUACAAGCAGCGCCUAGAUGUGUAUGCCGCACAAAUAGAAUCCUUUUCUGUGGCGGAAAUCACUGCCGCCUUUGUGGAAGGAUCGAAUGGAGUUGCUCGUGCCUGGGAGCUGCAUAGCCUGUCUGUUGAAUACAAAAUUGACAAGUCCACUGAGGUACUCCGGCGCAUGGUAUCUAUCGCAUAUGAACUACGCUACGAACCGAAUCCUGCCACCCUGUCUCCGCGAAGCAGAAAGGGGAGGAACUCAAUUUGCUUUUUGGGGCGUCUCAGAUCAGCAUACGAAACAUUCAAGGAGACCGCCAUCCAGCUUCAAAAGUCAUUUGCGAAGCUGAGUAUCGUUUGUCUCCAAGCACUGGAUAGUAUGCGAUUUACAAGGAGGGAGGUUGAGGAACGGAUCCAGAUUCUGGCGAGGAAAGAAGGAAAGCCUCAGCUGAAAAAAAAGGAGAUUCGAAAGGCGUUGGGUGAGAAACCUGAGAUAAGGACUCAUUGCCAUGCAGAAAUACAGCUGCUUUUGCAUCUUGAAAGUUAUACCUCUCCCGAGGAGCAUCCAUUCCCGUAUCUAGGGUGCAGCAAGAAGACAUGUUGGCUAUGUCAUCAGUUUUUGUCUCGGUAUAAGAGCAAGAAGACAGAUAAAGGGAAUUUCUACCAGACAAGGGGCUCUCAUAGAAAAGUUUACCCGCUUUGGCACAUUAGACAACCCGCUGACCCACGAAUGCAAUUCUAUCUCUCGACUACUCUUCAGGAUAUUCAAGACUUGAUGAAUGCGAAGCUCCCAAUCGUCUCUCAUAUCCAACGACCUGCCCAGGCAGAGUCUUCAGCAAAUGUUACAGUCGCCGGGGGAGCGCUCAAACGACGUGCGCUUGCAAAGCAGAGAAUGAUGGAAUCCUCAAGGGAGUCAAAAAGCAGCAAAGACGAAAUGACCAUCUUAGACGACUUUGUGUGCUCUAAAGAGUGUUUCAGGAUCCCGGCCAACGGAGAGACGCCCCACUUUCUCAGCAUUGAUUUCUAUAGGUCUCCCCAAAACUACAUGGGCCACGAGCCUCCAACUUGGUGUAUUCCGGACUUCAGUGCAUAUUGGAGCAACUUCAACUUUGAGCGUGUCUAUCGCGUAUUCAAGUUGAACAAACAAGAACCGGGGGAGCUGAACGGAGAGUACGUCUUGUACUGGUGUUGUAACGAUGGCCUCCAACCGAACCGGUGCCUGAUGUCUCUCCUGGGAAUCGAGUCUCUGCGGAUUGAUGAGUACUUCUGGUAUGGAGAUGUCUUUAUCACGCGCUUUCAUGAAGAUGAUAAAACAUUUGAGUUCUCCUGUGAAGACGUGCCUCGGGCCUUUUCGGGCUGCAAGGAGUUGCUUACGAACCUGAUUUGGUCCUACUGGAAGAGCAAAGAACCCAAGAACGCUAUUCUCGAAUGGCAGUAUUUAGAGGCCAAGCAAGAAAAGCAUAAUGCCGAUAAGCAGAUAAUACUCGGAAGAAUGUCCAGAAACGAGCGAGAGAUUUUGAAACAGAUGCCGUGGAUGUUAGAAUAUCUGGCCAUCACCGCUUGCGAUGAUGACGCUUUGGUUGAUGCAUCUAUUCGCGAAAGCAAGGAUCACCCGGGAAUGGCGGAGGUAUCAGUGGUGCAUCGCAAGACUGCCAUGGAGCAAAGAGGCUGGAAAGGGUUUUCAAGUAAUGACCUCUAG